GACUGGGGGCUCUCUGUUCUCAGCUCACUGCUGUCCUCCAUUCCUCAGAUGCUGGUCUCUUUUCAGUUUCUCUCCGUCGACUUUCUUGCUCUUUUUUUGAUUGUUUGUUUUCUCUACGUGACUAUUCCUGUGGACUUCUUCAUCACGAUCCUCAGUGAAACCGCAUAGCAGCGCAGUCGUGACUCGCCGGCUUGCAAAAGGCAGAAGUGAGACGAGCUCAGACGGACCAAUCAAUCACUCUGAUACAGCGGAGGACACAGUCGGAGGAGCGGCGUUGCCUUUCGUUGCUGUCGUUGAAGCAGAAUCCUCUCACUUUUAUUGGAGUCUUUCCUUUAUCUCGCCGUCCGCCCGGCGGACAGAGACGACAUCCACAUAAAGGGGCAGGACUCCUCUUCAUCAGAGCAGCAAACAUUCAGGACUUUGGAGGACGACCUCUCCUGAAGAAGAACUCUGAUGUUUACUACAUAAUUAUGCUUUGUUCUGAAUGAUAAUGCUGGACACCAACCACUGCCUCUCCUUUAAUCCCACCCCCCUGGGCUCCCCCCCAAUGGCAGACGACAUGGUGAAGGCAGCCCUGAAGAUGGAUCAUGACAGACUUGUCUAUCACAGCCUGAAAGAAGUCCUCCAGCUUAAGCUUCAGCAGAGACGCACACGGGAGGAGCUGGUCAGUCAAGGGAUCAUGCCACCCCUGAAGAGCCCUGCAGCUUUCCACGAGCAGCGGAGGAGUCUGGAGCGUGCCAGGACCGAGGACUACCUGAAAAGGAAGAUCCGGAGUCGUCCGGAGCGCUCCGAGCUGGUCAGGAUGCACAUUCUGGAGGAGACGUCCGCCGAGCCGUCCCUGCAGGCCAAGCAGCUGCAGCUGAAGCGAGCGCGUCUGGCCGACGACCUCAACGACAAGAUCUCCCACAGACCGGGUCCCAUCGAGCUGGUCCACAAGAACAUCCUGUCCGUCGACUGCCCCCUGCAGCACUCCCUGCUGGAUUCUCCCAAGGGAGCUGGAGGCGAGAGCUCCUCUCUGGAUGAAGACAGCAGCGACGCUCUGUCACCAGACCAGCUGACCAAUCACGACUCUCCCCUGAGCGCCGUCACCCAGCUGUCCCCCUCUGAUGUGCUCACCCAGAGCAGGGACGCCCCGCCCUCUCAGUUCUUCGCACAGCCCCCACCUCCUCCUCCACCCCUGGUGAACGGUUCAGACUCCUCCCCACUCCGUAAAAUAACCAAUGGGGCGGGGCCGACGCCGGCAUCCUCCCGACCCUCGUCUGGACUCAAGAGUCAGGGGAAGAUGGGCUCGGACCGGCCCGCGCAGAGACCCAAGAAGUCCAAGGAUAGCAAACCCAAGGUGAAGAAGCUGAAGUACCACCAGUACAUCCCUCCGGACCAGAAGGCGGACAAAGAGCGUCCGCCUCAGAUGGACUCUUCCUACGCCAAACUGCUGCACCAGCAGCAGCUCUUCCUGCAGCUGCAGAUCCUCUGCCAGCAGCAGCAGCACUACAACUACCACACCAUCCUGCCCGCGCCGCCCAAGCCACAAAAUGAGCUGACUUCCACAACCGGGUCGGGCCCGUCCACGUCCCGCAGCGUCCACACGACGACCUCCGCUCAGAGCUCCACGGCCCGCCAGGCCCAAGCCGCAGUGGGAGGAGCCAAACCGGCCAAUCUGCCGGUCAACCUGGACGAGUUCAAGGUCGCAGAGUUAAAGCAGGAGCUGAAGCUGCGCGGUCUGACCGUCUCUGGCACAAAGAACGAUCUGAUCGAGAGGCUACGCCACUACCAAGAGCAGAACGGCGCCGCCUCCGUCGCUUUGAAGAGCGCCGCCUCGCAGCCCGGUCAGCGGGGCUCCACCCCGCCCACCCCCGAUCUGCAGGCGGCCCAGCUGGCCCUGUCCUCUCUGGCCCAGGCGGUUCCAGGCCGGAUCAUGAGGUUCGGCAGCACCAGCUCCAGCCCCCCGGUGUCCCCCACGCCGUCGGAGCGCUCGCUGGCCGGUCUGAGUCCCGACGAGACGAGCUGUAGCGGAGACAUGUUUGGGGAGAUGGUGAGCUCUCCCCUCACGCAGCUCACCCUCCACCCGUCUCCUCAGCAGCCGUCUAACGUCUCCUCGCUCGUCGUGGUCAAGGAGGAGGUCCAGAGCUCCUGCAGCCUGGCGGGAUCCUCCCCUAUGUCUGCGCAGCCCGCAGACUCCGGCACCACUGUGGACUCUGCCUCUUUGGACAAAGACCAGAUGCUGCAGGAAAAGGACAAGCAGAUCGAAGAGCUGACCAGGAUGUUGAGGCAGAAGCAGAGGCUGGUGGAGACGCUGAGGUCCCAGCUGGAGCAGGGCAAGACGGCCGCCGGGGUCGUGGUGAAGAAGGAGGGAAGUGAGAGGAGCACGACCUCUCCAUCCUCAGUAAAAGCCUCCGCCAUCCAGCCCCCCACGCUUCCUAACGGGAUAGUGCUGACACUGAAGAAGGAGGCGGAGCCUGCAGAGGGAAUGGAGGGAGUCACCGAGGAGGCCGCGGGCCAGAAGAAGGUGAUCCAGCCCAUGCAGUGCUCUCAGGAGACUUUGCUGAGGCUGCAGCAGAUCCAACGGCUGCAGGUCCAGCAGGCUGAGCAGCAGCAGCAGCAGCAGCAGGUGGUGAAGGUGGUGGAGGUGAGAGGAGGCAGUCAGAAACAGCUACAACAGAAGAAGGAGGCCCAGAGCCUCCUGCAGCAGCAGCAGCAGCACCUGCAGCGUCUCAUCAUCCAGCAGACGCAGCAGAAGCAGCUGCAGCAGAACCAGCUCAGGCCAGUGCAGCACAAGGUUCAGCUCAAGCAGGUUCAGGUCCAGAUCCGCAACCAGUCCGCCCAGAAGCCAGGUUUGACCCAGGCCCAGCAGAGGAAGCUGCUCAGGGCCCAGCAGAGGCAGAAACAGAGGACAGCCGGCACCACGCAGCAGGCGACGCCGCUCAUCGUGAACCAACAAACCGGCGCUCCGCUCCACUCCCAGGCCAUUUCCUUAGACCUGCUGAAGGCCAACAGCACCCCCACGCUGGUCACCGAUGGCAACGGCAACCACUACCUGAUCGCUCUCACCAGUCACGGCCCAGACGGGCCGAACGGAGUGUCCUCAUUGGCUAAAGCCGGCGGCCGCAUCACUCUACAGAGAUUACAGUCCACCCCAAGUAAACUCCCCAGCACUGACAGCCAAUCAAACGAGCAGUCGGAGGCGGAGCCUGUGAGAAGAGCAGAGAAGAAGGGACUGAAGCCCGGCCUGCACGUCGACACCAACGGCGCCGCACAGCCCAGCACGCCGCUCACGGCUCCACCCACCCUGCAGCCCUUCUUCAACGACCUUUUGGACGCAGACAGCCAAAGCAGCCUGGUGUCCUCUCUCAAGAGAGAGGAGGCGUGUCCUCCUUACGACCGGCACACGCUCUUCACCCCUCCCUCCCCUAAGCCCAGCACCUCCCUUCCUCCUCCUCCUCCUACUCCACGCUCCAAAGAGAACGGCCUGAACAACCAGCAGAUGGACGACCUGUUUGACAUCCUGCUGAAGAGUGGAGGUAAGAACUCGCCCUGCCGCCCCCGCCACCGCCCCGAGCUGAGAGAAGCGCCCGCCAUUCACCACCCCCACCCUUCUUUCUCAGAAAUCCCCAGCUUCAAGGCCAACCCGGACCCUACCCUCGCCCCUCCCCACUCCGACCCGCCCUCCCCGUCUGACGCCACGUCCCCGCUCCACCUCUCCUCUCCCGCCCCCCCUCCGUCGCUCCCCUCCCCCCGACCGUCUGCGGGCGAGAACGGCAGCCGACGCCUGGAGGACUUCCUGGAGGGCGGCACGGGCGGCUCGCUGCUGGGCCUGGAGCCCGACGGCGGCCUGGCGCUCAUGGACGACCUCCACUGCCACAUGCUGAGCGCCCCCGGCAUGCUGGACCACCCCCCCUCCCCGAUGGACACGUCCGACCUGGGCUUCUCCCCCCACUCCUCGGGUUUGGACUUCGGCGACCCCACUCUGGACAGCAUGGACUGGCUGGAUCUCUCCAUGGGGGGGUCCGCGGGUGGCGAGAGCAGAGCGGCGAGGGAAGGGGGAGGAGCCGCAGAAGAGAGGGACGGGGGAACGAGCCUGGCCCCACUGGCGCCGCACACCCCCCAGAGCGUGUUUUCCACAGACUUCCUGGACAGCGCUGACCUGCAGCUGCACUGGGAGUCGUGUCUGUAGCGGCGGCGGCUUCUCCACGCCGUCCCACCACUGCGGGCGCCACGCACGGUUUUUAAAAGCUGUUACUGCACUCACCAAAACCACCGAGAUCCGUCCAGCAGACCGGUGACCACCCACUUCCUGUCCUGGACCCACGCUGCUCUCCGAACCGCGUCAGUGCCUCCUGAACUUUGCACUUUGGCUGAAUCUGACUGGGUUAAAUGUGGGCGGGGCUGUCGGGCUGAAUGUGAGCAGCCCCGCCCACACCAGUCACACAAACAGCUGUUUGGUCACUGAUGAAUGGAGUCGUAUCCGCGGCAACAGGCUCUCUAUCAUGACGUUAGACCACUAUGUAUUACUGUACAUGCCGUGUAUAUUAUCAAGUGUCCAUUAGACUAUUUUUCUUUGCUGGGGGAACACGGGGAGGGGGGAGGGGCUUUCACAACACUCGGUUCAUGUUUUUGUUUUGUAAAGAAGAAAACA